UGGUAAUGAAGAGAGCUGGAGGGACACAUACAGAGGAAGGCAGUCGAUUUUCUUAUUAUUGAUAAUAAUAACUGGCUCCGGGGAAGAGGGGGCUGAUUGCGCUCUCCUAAGCGGGUGGUUACCGUUUUUAAAAUCAUUUACAAAUUGGGCCGGCUUUGUUUGACUGUGCUGAGGCCUACAACGACUAAGUAUGUACCCCACUUGGGGGAAGUAUGGCGGCAGUGCCCAGCAUCCCCCUCCGGUUCCGCAGAACUAUGGCGCCAAUCCUCAUGCUGUUAGAGGGACAGCACCGGUCGGAGGAGGUUAUGGGGGAUACGGGCCGCCUGGUGGGAGCUUUACCGGGGGGGCGGCUCCGUCUCAAGGCAAUUUCCAGAGUCUGAGGGAACAGCAUCUACAGCAAAUGCAACAACUACAGCAGCUCCACCAGAAGCAGCUGCAGUCCGUGCUGCAUCACAAUAGCAGUCCUUAUGGCAUUGGUGGAUGCUCUCCCGAUGCCUGGCAGGGAGGUAGCGCUGGGCCCCCUCCCCCCGGUCCAGGUGUUGCUGAUGUUGUUUCUUCUGGGCCCUCAUACCAACAGCAGCAACAACCACAGCAUCAAAUGCACCACUGUCUAGUACAACAGCAGCCGCAGCAUCAACAGCACCAACAACCUCCACCACCGCUGCCAGCACCAGCACCAUCGCAAUCACAGCAGCAGCAACAGCAACACAGACCAGUGGAUCCUAAACCGGCAGUGCAGCCACCUCCGAAGCCAAACCCCGUCAAUGCACCAAACCAAUCGAAUAAGAAUAGUAAUAAUAAUAAAUACAACGACAGCGCUCAGCAACAAGAUAACAGUGAUGACAAGCAGGAGCAGCCUCCUGAUUUUUCUAAAAUGACAUUACAGGAACAGCAGCAGUAUUGGUACAAGCAGCACCUGCAGAGUUUGCACAAAUUGAAACAGCAGCAGAAAAAUGAAAAGGCUAAAGCAAGUAAGCUUCCAGGAGGAGAUCAACCCCCUGACAACAAGCAGCCUGCCCCACCUCCACCCAUGGAGCCUCCAAAAAAGGAACCCCCACCACCACCUCCCAAAGAAGAGCCCCCUCCUCCGCCCCCUCCAGAGGAGUCCAAGGCCACUAAUGUUACAUCCCAGGAGGAUCCAGUCGAAGCAGCACGUUUGCAGCAUCUUCAGGCUGCAGCAGCUCAGUGGCAGCAGACUCAGCAACAGAGAACAGGCUAUCAAUACCAGGCAAUGAUGCAACAGCAUGCACAGCUCCAACAACUCCUGGCUCAGUACCAGCAGUUCAUGCAACAGCCAGCACACUUUCAGACCAUGCCUAUGGAUAUGCAGCUUAGACAUUACGAGAUGCAGCAGCAGCAAUUUAUCCCUCUGUAUCAGGAGUGGAAUCGGCAAUUUUUAAUCUGGGAAGAGCAGUUCCAGACUUAUCCACACAAGGACCAGCUGCGUGAGUACGGUUCCCAGUGGAAACAAUGGCAAGAGCAAAUGAAAUCCACCUCUUCCCACUUGCAAGAAAGGCUGACCACUCUUCGUAACAUGCAGCACCAGUUUGUCAGCCCUCCUUAUGUGGGCAACAUGGUAGGAAUGGCCCAGUAUGGACAUUAUCACCAGGCUGCACCAGUACCACCACCAGUGGCCUCUGUUCCUUCUCUUCCACCAAAGACUCCUGCUGUAACACCCCCUGCUCCAAAUUCCCAGGGUCCCCCUCCCGCUCCAGUGUCCCAGGGUCCCCCUCCCGCUCCAGUGUCCCAGGGUCCCCCUCCCGCUCCAAUGUCCCAGGGUCCCCCUCCCGCUCCAGUGUCCCAGGGUCCACCCCCUGCUUCAAUGCCCCAAGGUCCACCCCCAGCACUGCCUGCCCAACAAGGGAAGGUGAGUACACAAGUUAAUGCCCAGGUGUCUCCUGUGACAACUGCUUCAGCUGAAGCAAAGAGUGGCACUUCGUCUGUCACAGGAAAAUUAGCAACAUCUUCUGCAUCCACAUCAUCAUCAUCAUCAGUUUAUACUUCAGCUGGACCUACUGCUCCUGGUUUGAGACCGUUGGGUGUAUUGCCAACUACCAAUAAAGUGACCAGGUUUGAAGGCCCUAGAGGCCCUAGAUUUGAUGGUCCCAGAGGGAGAGUUUCCCCUAGUUCUGGUCCACCACCCAGAUUUGAUCAACCUCCCAGAUCUGAACAACCAUCUAGAUUUGGAGCACCAAACAAAUUUGAUCAAUCCACCAAAACUCAAAAUCAACCACCCAAAUCUGAUGCUUCAGGGCCUCCAGUAUUAAAACCACAAGACGGUCAAAUUGAGGGCUCUCUUAAAAGACCUGGAACCACAUCAGAAGAGCAGAGAGAUUCAGAUGUUGGAGACUCGUCUUCCUGUCUGUCUGUUACAGAAGAUCUUUUGGAUUCAGAUUGUGGGUUUUUCAUCCCUAAUGAUCCCAUCCCUCAGAGAGUAGGACCAGUGGAGAAACCAAAGCAGUCUGGCGGACAGGCUACAAAAGAACUGCAUGCCUCUGAUACAGCCAAGCCAACUCCUGUAACAGCUUCUGCUGAAACUCAGAAAGAGCUUUCCACUAAUAAAAAUACCUUAAAACCUGGAGAAGAUAAAUACAAGACAGGAGUGCAGGGAGGGUUUAAAGGCACUGAGCACCUUCCAAAAAAAACAGUACCUUCCAAGUCGCCUCCUAAAUUCUCUGCAGUGGAUAGUCGGAAUACAUCAAUGGCUCCCAAAGGGCUUGGGAGGGGGCAGCCUGCAAUUUCAAAUUUUAAAUCGGUUGGUGUUGCUCCUAACUCUAAGCCAUUUGACUAUAAACCUCCAUACAUGGAAGGCAGUAAGGACAGAAGCCAAGAUCAGGAGAAUAGCAAUACAUGGGGGGAUUCCACCAUAGACAGGCAUGGUGCUGAGAGGGAGCAGAUGCCACUUCAAAAUGAAAUGUGGGGUGGGGAGCAAGAUGAAGAGAAACCUUUUAGAGAACAUUAUUAUGAAGGCCGGGAUAGAGAAGGCCCCCCAUUGGAAAGAGAGCUGCUGGAUGACUUUGGGAGAGAGAGACCUUGGGGAGAGCCGGAGCCUGAAUAUUGGGAGGACAGGGAUCCAUACUGGAGGGAGGAAAGACCACCAUUCCGACGACAUUCUCCACUACCCCAUGAGGCCAUGGACAGGGGCCCAUCUCGCCGACACCUUGGAGUCAUGGAUAGAGAUCCCAGGGGCCCUCCUUCACUACCCCAUGAUGUCAUGGAUAGAGAUCCCAGGGGUCCUCCUUCUGUACCCCAUGAUGUCAUGGAUAGGGUUCCCAGGCAUCCCCCUCUACCCCAUAAAGCCAUAGAUAGGGGCCCUCAUUCCCUACCCCAUGGUGCCAUGGAUAGAGAUCCCAGGGGCCCUCAUCCUCUGCCCCAUGAUGCCUUAGAUAGAGAUCCCAGACGCCCCCAUCUACCCCAUGAGAUAAUGGAAAGGGAUUCCAGACGUGACAGUUAUUUCCGGGAUUACCAGCAGGAGUUGGACCCAGAGCAUGGCAGAUAUGGUAGACCUUAUCCAGAUUACCACAGCAGGGAUUAUGAGCGAGACCAGAAAUACUACAGGCCAAGAGAUGAGUGGGAAAUGGAGGAACGUGGCCGGGAUUACCCACCAUAUCCUCCACGGCUGCCAUCGGAGCACGUUCGAGAGGAGCGCUGGAUAAAUGAAAGGGAUCGGGACUAUUUGUAUGAAAGGGAUAUGAGGGAGAGGGGUGAUAUGAGGGUCAGGGAAUACCCAGAAGGACCAGGCUAUAGGACGGAAGAGCGAGACUACCCACCGGGGAGACCAGAAUGGGACAGAGAGGUCCUGCCUGAGAGGAGUUACAUACCAGAGAUAGAUGACCAGAGACCCCAGUUUGAAGAUUACUUGGAAGCUGCUCCUCCUGGCCAGUCCCCUGCAAUUCUUCCUCCUGCUACUAAUCUUCAUCCUCAGCUCAGUGAUACUUCUGAAAGUCUUAUGGAAGAAUCUUCUCACACAGCACAGAGUGUGCUGGCACUUUCUCAGAGACAGCAUGACAUUAUUCUGAAAGCUGCUCAGGAACUCAAGAUGUUGAGGGAACGUCAGGAGCAGCUGCAGGUGCUAAAUGAUUUUAUUAAGCACGAUCCAGCUGAUCCAGUGGCACAGCCAGGGGCUGUAGGGGCAGGAAUGGUGGGGAUGCAGGUCCAUCCAGCAGUUACGACUGCUUUCCAGGCUAGCCAAGGCCCUGAAAGUGGCCUAGUUUCUACAGGUACAGAGCUUUUGGCACACACUGAAGGGAAGCAGUGGGGCAGGGAUAAUGUACACAAUCUUUGGGACUCUGGAAGUGGUACUCAAGUUACUGAAUCUAGCUUUGGGUUAUCCCACGCUGUACAAGACCAUGCAGCGCUGCCAGCAUCAUCGCUGAGCAAACCGCCUGUUAUUCCAAAGACCGUGGAUUAUGGCCAUGGACGUGAUGUUUCUACAGCUAAAGUUGAACAGAGGUCCUACGGAGAGAGGAUUGUUCUAAGACCUGACCCAGUGCCUGUUGAGAGAACAUAUGAGAAAGAGCUGUUGGUCCCCCGGGAUUACGAGAGAGACCCAUACUUUGAGCGUCGAGGAGACCCGUAUUUGGAGCGCAGAGAGUAUGGGAGAGAGAGGGAGCGAGAACGAGACCUGUACUUUGAGAAAGCACCUAUGGAUUACGAGAGGGAAAGAUAUGAGAGGGAUCGCUACUCCAGAGAGGAGAGGUUUCCUCCCGGCUCCUUGUCCAGGUCAGUAGACAGAGAGAGAGACCGAAGCAGAGAUGGCAGAGACGGAGAGAGAGACAGAGAGGGCAGAGAUAGCCGAGACAGAGACAGCAAGGACCAUCGAGAUAGCAAAGAGCGCUUUGGCAGAUCUCUACAUGACAGACCACCCUAUGAUCGUGGCCCUGAUCGGCCUCUGUAUGACCACGGACAUCCUGGAUACGGAGGUGACAGUCGGGGGUACCCCGAAGAACGAAUGCCUGUUCCUGCUCCCUCUUUGCCUCACCCCCUGCCACCUCACCCCCCGCCUCCUCAGCCACGUGUUGAGAAGAAACCCGAAAUGAAAAACGUGGAUGAUAUUCUCAAACCUCCAGGCAGGGAGAGCCGACCUGAGAGGAUGGUUGUCAUUAUGAGAGGACUGCCAGGUAGUGGAAAAACGCACGUUGCCAGACUGAUACGGGAUAAGGAGGUGGAAUAUGGAGGGGCACCACCUCGUGUUCUUGGCCUGGACGAUUAUUUUAUGACCGAGGUGGAGAAAGUUGAGAAGGAUCCUGACACGGGAAGACGUAUCAAAAAGAAGGUCUUGGAAUAUGAAUACGAGCCAGAGAUGGAAGACACGUACCGCAGUAGUAUGAUAAAAACAUUUCGCAAGACACUGGAUGAUGGAUUCUUUCCUUUCAUCAUCAUAGAUGCCAUUAACGAUCGAGUCAAAUACUUUGAUCAGUUCUGGAGUGCUGCCAAGACUAAAGGUUUUGAGGUCUACUUGGCUGAAAUCAGUACAGAUAAUCAGACAUGUGCCAAAAGGAACAUCCAUGGACGUAAACUAAAAGACAUUGCAAAGAUGGCUAGUAAUUGGGAGACUGCUCCUCGUCACAUGGUGCGCUUGGAUAUAAGGUCCUUGUUACAAGAUGCUGCUAUUGAGGAGGUUGAAAUGGAGGACUUUGAUCCAGCAGAAGAAGAACAGAAAGUGGAGACAAAGGACGAGGAUAUAAAAGAGGAGGAAGGCGAUCUGGGCUACAUUCCAAAAAGCAAAUGGGAAAUGGACACAUCUGGGGCAAAACUUGUUCGGUCGGUGUGUCUCUUGGUUGAUCUGCCCCUGCCACCGCCACCGCCGCCGCUGCUGCUUCUGCUGUCUCUAACGCCAUGUUGUCCCAGUCCCGGUGCCUUUCCCGGACUCUCGGUCGCUCCCUCUCUGCUAUCAGCCAGGUUGAUAAUGAUUUUACCCAGAAACGUUAAAGUCAAAGUCCCUCAAGCACCCAUGAAGGGGAUAAGCUUCCAACAUGUUACUACCCAGAUCCUUGAAAGAGGUAAUAAUGUCUUAGGAAGGCGGACUGUUUCAGGCCUUUCUGCGUGCCAUCGGCUAGCUUACAAGAACAGCAGACCGUUUCCGGAUUGCAACACCAGAUCCAGUGUCUUCCACAUCAGGUAUUUCAAGACCUCUGCAGUCUGUAACAAUGAAGUGGUCACGGUAAAUACCCCUGCAUUUGCAGAGUCAGUCUCAGAGGGAGAUGUCAGGUGGGAGAAAGCUGUGGGAGACACAGUUGCUGAGGAUGAAGUGGUGUGUGAAAUUGAGACUGACAAGACAUCAGUGCAAGUUCCCUCGCCCGCUGCUGGUGUGAUUGAAGCUCUCCUGGUCCCAGAUGGUGAGAAAGUGGAAGGGGGAACUCCACUCUUCAAACUUAGGAAAGGGGCUGGCGCUGCCAAAGCCAAACCAGCAGAUGCCCCCCAACCUGCAGCUCCUAAAGAAGAACCCGUUGCAGCAGCGGCUCCACCCCCGUCUGCUGGACCCAUCCCCACCUCCAUGCCCCCUGUCCCGCCAGUACUGGGGCAGGCCAUGACAUCUAAACCUGUAUCGGCAGUUAAACCCACAGCAGCGCCCCCACCUCCCCCAGCUGACUCAUCAGUGAAAGGAUCCAGAUCUGAGCACAGGGUGAAAAUGAACCGAAUGAGACUGAGGAUUGCUCAGAGGCUUAAGGAAGCACAAAAUACCUGCGCAAUGCUGACCACUUUUAAUGAGGUUGAUAUGAGUAAUAUCCAAGAAAUGAGAAGCAAACACAAAGAUGCUUUUCUUAAGAAACACAGUAUAAAGCUUGGCUUCAUGUCUGCGUUUGUGAAAGCUGCUGCAUUCGCUCUGCAAGACCAACCUGUCGUCAAUGCUGUUAUUGACGACACUACCAAAGAAAUUAUUUACAGGGAUUACGUUGAUAUUAGUGUGGCUGUGUCGACGCCAAAGGGCCUUGUGGUUCCAGUAAUCCGGGGUGUUGAGAUGAUGAACUUUACUGACAUUGAGAGAACAAUCAAUGAGCUUGGAGAAAAGGCUCGUAAGAAUGAGUUGGCAGUAGAAGAUAUGGAUGGUGGGACCUUCACAAUCAGCAAUGGAGGUGUUUUUGGAUCUCUGUUCGGUACCCCUAUCAUUAACCCACCACAGUCUGCUAUCCUGGGCAUGCAUGGUAUCUUUGACAGACCAGUUGCUGUUGCUGGCAAGGUUGAAGUGCGGCCCAUGAUGUAUGUUGCUCUCACCUAUGACCAUCGGCUGAUUGACGGCAGAGAAGCAGUGACCUUCCUGCGCAAGGUCAAGUCUGUAGUGGAGGACCCCCGAGUGCUGCUCCUUGACCUGUAAUGCAGAGCACAAGCAUGUUUAGACCAUUCUAUUUAAUAAGUCUUCUCUACAGAAGAGGUGGUAUAUACCCAUUUAUGACUACGUGUUUCAUAAAUCUGUUAAAAAAAAAAAAAAAAAAAGAGAGAGAAGUUGAGUCUGAUUGCUUACUCUAGAAGGGGGCAAACUGCAUGGAUUCUGCCAGCAUAAAGGUGUAACGAUAAUAUAGCACAGGCUGGGUUUUCAGUAGAUCAGAUGUGAAUGAUGAGAUAUGUUUAGAAACUUUUUUAUUAUAUAUUUGAUCCCAUCUUACAAUUCAUUGUGAGAAAUGAUUGGAAUUUCAGAAAAAUGCUCCCAAACAAAUGUUAUCAAAUUCAUUGUAUUGCACAAAAAACACAUUAGUGUAUAUCCUGGAGUUUGUCUAAAUCCAUAUGUGUAGGCUCUCUAUAAAAUGCACUGAAUUGUUUGUGUAUGAAUACAGUGGUCUGUAUGGUAAUAGAAAAAGUGUAAACCAGAAUCCCAUCUACUGGCAUUGCAUAUUUCUGAUUGUUUAAGAGAGAGAUUUUUUUCUUAAGCUUCGACAUAUUUAAAAGUAGUGUUGACAUCAGUCUAAAAUAGACACUCAAGUGGGUAGUGCAUCUUUCAGCAGGUUUGAGAUCAGCUUUGUUGAUCCCCUUGGGAUCAGAUACACUUUAUUCUGUAUACUGAACUUGUAACUAUUUAAAGAAAAUGAUUUUAAACAUUAAAACACAGGAAACCUC